CCGCUCCCCGGGGGCUGACGCGUGCCCCCCGCAGGCGCUGAUGGAGCGCUUCAACGCCGACAAGCGCAUCUUCUGCUUCAUCCUCUCCACCCGCAGCGGCGGGGUGGGCGUCAACCUGGCGGGGGCCGACACCGUCGUCUUCUACGACAGCGACUGGAACCCCACCAUGGACGCCCAGGCCCAGGACCGGUGUCACCGCAUCGGCCAGACGCGCGACGUCCACAUCUACCGGCUGAUCAGCGAGCGGACGGUGGAGGAGAACAUCCUGAAGAAGGCCAACCAGAAGAGGAUGCUGGGGGACAUGGCCAUCGAGGGGGGCAACUUCACCACCGCCUACUUCAAGCAGCAAACGAUCCGUGAGCUCUUCGACGUGGCGCCGGACGAGCCGGGGCGGCGCGAGCGGGACGGGGACAAGGGGGACAAGGACAGGGACAAGGACAGGGACGGGCCCCCCGAGGAGGACGAGGACCCCGCCGCCACCCGGCGCACCCACAUCCUGGAGCAGGUCGGGCCACUCGUCCCCAACGUGUCCCCAACGUGUCCCCAACAUGUGCCCAAUGCAUCCCCAACGUGUCCCCAACGCGUCCCCAACACGUCCCCAGUGUGUCCCCAACGUGUCCCCAAUGCAUCCCCAACGUGUCCCCAACGUGUCCCCAACGUGUCCCCUGAUGUCCCCAGUGUGUCCCCAGUGUGUCCCCAACGCGUCCCCAACGCGUCCCCAGUGUGUCCCCAACGUGUCCCCAACGUGUCCCCAACGUGUCCCCAACGUGUCCCCAGUGUGUCCCCAACGUGUCCCCAACGUGUCCCCAGUGUGUCCCCAGUGUGUCCCCAACGUGUCCCCAACGU